AUAUAAUUCAAAAAUUAUUCAAGCUCACUUAUUUGCACCAACAGCAUUUAUGAAGUAUUUUCCUAAUCAAAUUGUUAAGUCAAUUAUAGCACCGCUUGUUGAAAAUGCAAUCCAAAGAAAUUUAAAGUUGGUGAAUUUAACAGAAAUUAUGACAGCAGCUAAUCCUUUAACUAAGAUUUUUUGUAAUACUGCCAUCAAUCCAGUCACUACAGAACUUUGUAAAUCGUUUAUUUUUGCAUUUAUUGGAACAAAUACAUUUUAUUCAGAAAUUGACCCGAAUAUUCUUCCAAUUUUUGUUGAUCACGUUUCCUACACAGUAAGCUUGCAACAAAUCGAUCAUUACAUGCAAUCUUAUCGAAGUGGAAAGUUUAGGAAAUAUGAUUAUGGACUGAAUAAUAUGAAGAUUUAUGGAACUACGGAACCACCUGAAUAUAAUAUUUCGAAUAUUAUUGCUCCAAUCUACUCUUAUCGUGCUCCAGAAGAUCUAUUGUCAUCGCGAAGGGAUGCAGAACAUUUGCUUGAACUAUUACCAAAUGUGAAGCAUAAUCGAGUGAUUCAAAAUUAUAACCAUGCAGACUUUAAUUAUGGAAGCAGAUCUCGCAAAAUAUUGUACUAUGACAUAUUAAAAUUCUUUCAAUUGGAGCUUCUGAAUAGACAUUAAGCUGGUGAUCUAACCAAAUAUGAGUUCUAUGUCAACUGUGGUUUGUGAUGGGUAAUUUGGUACAAAUUUCAAGUUAAUAAAGAA